GAAAUAUUAGUAACGUUUGCUUCUCAUAGAGUGGCCACGUGUGUUUACAUACACGUCAGCAGGAAAUAAGACGACCUGCGCCAACAUGAUCAGACAGGACUCUCAGGGUGAAGUGCCAUUAUUCCAUGAGGAUGAAAGUGCAUUCAGGAAGAACAAAUCAAAUAUCAAACACCCUCUAGCCUGUUUCUUUCAUCUUUUCUUCCGCACGAGUGCCAUCCUGAUCUACCUCUUCUGUGAGUUUCUCAGCCGAAGUUUUAUUGCCAACAUGGUUACCAUCAUUUUACUUCUGUCAUGUGACUUCUGGACAGUAAAGAAUGUGACGGGGCGGCUGUUGGUGGGCUUGAGAUGGUGGAAUCACGUUGAUGAAGACGGUCGCAGUCAUUGGAUGUUUGAAUCCAGAUCAGAAACCAGUAAAAAAGUCGUCUCAAACUCUGAUUCACGGAUUUUCUGGUUUGGUCUGAUCGUGUGUCCGGUGUUUUGGUUUUUCUUUGUGUUUACCUCCCUUUUUUCCUUCAACAUAAAGUGGUUGGCGGUUGUGAUCAUGGGAGUUGUGCUGCAGUGGGCAAAUCUCUAUGGAUAUGUGCGAUGCAAAGUAGGUAGUGGAACCAAACUGAAGAACAUGGCAACUAACUACUUUGGCUCUAAGCUCUUCAAAAAGGUAGUAAACCAACAAGAGAGACCCUAAUUUGACUGUGGCUGACCUAAUGACUAGCGAUAUCCUUUUUUUUUUUUUUUUCCUCAUUUUGUCUGGUUGAGCUGUUUUUGUUUUUCAAUCUAAUCUUUAUCUCUCUUUUUUUAUGGUAAAUUAUUAUUUCUUCAUGUUUCCACUGAAAAGCUUUUCUUUUUUGCUAGUUUGGUAAAACUUUGUGGUGCCUUAAAAGUAUGUGAUUAUUUGUAAGAUAGUAACUUGUAUAAAUUCAAAUUUAAAUCAUUUCAGAUAAUACUGUGCUUGGAGAAUAAGUGUGAAUAAUAAUUCUAAUUUAAAAACA